GAAGGGCUGAUGUACGUGUGUUCUUUCUUCCUUUAUUUUUGUUAGUAUUUUCUCACCUGCGGCUCACCUGAUGUUAAUUAAGACGAAGAAAAGGAGUGGAAGGAGGACAAGGACGAGGAAGAGGACAAGAUUAUAAGAACGAAUUAUAGAGGAAGAAAAUGUGGUUGCACAGUCUCCCGGCGAUUAGCGACCUACUCAAGGAAGCCGCCGUGAUCCAGGUGAGCGUUGAUAAUCGCGGCAGGUGAGCGGACGAGGAGGAGGAAGCCCCGACGAUGACCAGAUAAGAAAAUAAAGAAAGAAAGAAAAGAAAGAAAGGAAGAAGAAAAAGCAAGAACGAUAAAAAAAGGAAAAAGAAAAAUAAGAAAGAAGAUAAAGAAGCCGGCUCGCAGGUGACCUAUUUCGACCAGUACUCCGAGGAAGGUGACGGGGUCGGCGAGGAUUAUUCCGCCCCUGAACUAACCCCCGUCUUCACCGCCAAAGGCCAGCACUUCACCGUGGACGUGGGGGGCAGGGUGACCUUCCCUUGCCAGGUGGAGAACCAAGGCGGAUACAUGCUGAUGUUUAAACACAUAAUGCCGGGCGGGGAACACAGGACUCUCUACGUUGGAGCUCUGCCGCUCAGGCCCACCAAGCGACUAACCAAGAACGGCAACACCUUCACCCUGAGCGGGGUUCGAAGGAGCCACGCGGGGACCUACGUGUGCCGCAUCGAAACCUCGCCAGCCAUCGAGGUCAACCAUACCUUGGACGUGCAGUACCCGGCCACGGUGCGGCGGCUGAGUCCCAGGGUGCAGCGCGUGGUCCAGGGCACGAGCGUAACCCUGGAGUGUGGUGGAGACGGGAACCCGCCGGCUGUGAUCACCUGGACGCGGCAGCAGGGUCACCUCCCCUCCGGCAACCGUCUGCACGAGGGCCACAGCAUUACCCUGACCAACGCGGACCAUGAUGUGGAGGGCACCUACAUCUGCACCGCCAGCAACGGCCUGGGCCAACCCUCGUCGCUGGAAAUGCUGGUGGAGAUUCAGUACCCGCCGGACGUCAGCAUAGAGGAGUCCCUCAUUCACACUGGGGUUGGGCGCUACGUGGAGCUGGUGUGUCGCGUGCACGGCCGGCCAGCCCCGAGUGUCACCUGGCUGAAGUCUGGGCGCACCCUCACCUCCAGCCACUACGUCGCCUCCCAUGACGGCCUGCACCGCUACUCCCUCACGAUCAAGCAGGUGAAGGAGGACGACUUCGGGGAGUACACCUGUAUGGCUGAGAGUACCCUGGGCAGCACCAACAGCUCCUUGAGACUCACAGGUCUCCCCAGAGUUCCCCUCGUGACCAGCAGCCCGGCGGGAAGGGAGAAGACGAGCUACACCUUGAGAUGGGAAGCAGAGAGUCACACACCUGUCAUCAUGUACCGCUUGCAGCACCGGAAGCAUAAGGAAGGUCCAGUCAACAACCCCUCAGCAGGCCAGUGGAACAUAAGACUCUACUCCCCCAAUGGUCCCUCCGGUGGUCCUGCUCUUGCCCCGCUGUCCUCCGGCCCCGUGCAGUACAUGAGCCACGCUAUUACUGACCUCGAGCCUGCCACGGACUACGAGGCAACUGUGGCCGUGGAGAACAAGUUUGGUUGGUCCGGGGACUCUGAGAUCUUCCACUUCUACACAAGGAAAGAAGAACCCACCACCACCACGGCCGCGCCCCCUUCCCCGCCGCCGCUGUCAAAGAUCUCGCCGGUGAUGAAAGAAGUGGCGGUGGGGCAGUCCGUGCGCGGGGGAGGGGGGAGCUGUCACCCCCUGCCCCCCCUCGCCACCACCCUCCUCGCCUCCCUCACCGCCAGCCUCCUCCUCCUCGCACCUGUCCUGCCCAUUCUAUAAUACUCACCUGCUUCCAAUUAACGUUUUUGUAUUCCUGAGGGGGUCACUGAAGGGAACUCGACGCCCGGUCCGUGGGGGGUGUCCGUGCCUGGGCCGCCUGUCCGUACGUACGCUUGCCCUUCGAUGUAAGAUAAAGACAUUAACAGUAGUAGAUGUUGUAACUGUAAGAAUAUAUUAUUUUUUUCAUCUUCCUUUCUUCUCUUCCCCUUCCUUCCUUUCUGAAUGACUGAUUUCUUAUCUCCUACUCCUCUUAUUCUUUCUUACCUUCUCCAAUUUCUCUCCUUGAUUCCUUCUCCUCUUUCUCUCUUCUCCCAAUCCUGUUCCCUCCUUUGUCUCCCUCUCCCAUCCUUCAUCCCUUCUAAAAUUCCUCUUCGCUUAUUCAUUCUCAUUCUCUCUCCUUUCCUAUUCUAUUUUCUUUUUGUUUAUUUAUCUCCACUUUCCUAUUCCCUUUCAUCUUCUAAAUCCCUCUUUCCACUUCCUUUCCUCUCCUCUCCCAUUUCAUUCUCAUUUUAUAUCCCCAAUUCCAUCCCUUCUCUCCUCCUGUUUCUUCUCCUAUUUUUCCUUUCUCCCAUCCCCUUCCUUUCCCAAAAUUCCUCCUCCUCCUCCUCCCUAUCCCUUCCCAUUCUUCUCCUCUUCUAUCCCCUGUCCAAUCUUCUUUAUCUCCUCUUUCCAAUCUUUCUAUCCCUCUCCAUAUCCUUUCUCAUUCCCCUAACACGCUUCAUCCCUUCUCUCCUCUCCCUUUUUAUACUCUCUCUCUCUCUCUCUCUCUCUCUCUCUAAAAGUCUGUGUAUAAUGUGAAAGAAAUGUUAUGUCUAGUUGAACACACACACACACACACGAGUCAAAACACAUUCCCUACCGUUUUUAUUUCUUUCUCAUCAUUUCAUUUACAUCCACUCGCUCUUAUCCCUUUUUUAAACUUUGUAAACCUUGUAAAUCACACACAUACAUUUUUUUUACGUUAUUGGUACAAGAACAUAAACUUUAACAAAUGUAGUAGUUCUUUUUUCUAUACGGAUAUCGCCUUCCUGUACUUACCUUCCCAUACGUUUUUUCUCUCUCUCUCCUGUAUGGUAAUUGUGACAGCCAACAACCAUUUAUAUAAAACUGUGUAAGGUGUAAAUUAUAUGAACAUUUUUUUCUUACGUAGUAUAAUGUCUAACUAACACCUGGACUUGUUUACACACACACACACACACACACACACACACACACACACAUAUAUCUGCUGUAAAAAAAAUAAUGUAUCGUCUGCUGCACAAUGUAAAAUGUAGAAUUGUAAGUUUUGGGGGGAUAUAUUUUUUUGUUGUUGCGUUUUUUCUUCGAAUUUCUGCGUUUGGUGAAUCGAGCCAUAAAAUUCUCUUAAUCCACCUU